AUGAGUAAUUUAUGUGAGCAGAUUUAUAAGGACAAACUUCAAAGUAAUCUCUCUAUAGAUAAAAAAUUGUGUUGUGGUGAUGCUGGCUGUUUUAAUCACGACACUUGUUAUUAUCCUUCAAUUUUGGUUAUGUGUCGCGCGAUUAUUAAUGCAGGUGCCUGUGAAAGGGGUAGUCAGCCUGAUAUUAAAGAAUGGAAUAAUACUUUAGCUAGAGAAUUUUGCGGUAAUGAAAAAAAUAUAAGCAAACAUAUUUGUGUUUCAACUAAUUCCACAAUUCAUGGUCCUGACUUAGAUGGAGAACUUAACUGGAUAGUUAAUCGAACUAGUAACUUAGGAGACUCUUGUCAAUCAUGUACUUGCUGUGAUGAACGUAAACAAUGUAUCAGACUACCUGUGAAUUGUGCUCAUGCUUGUAAUUCGACUACCGUAUUGAAUAAUUGUAAAUCCCUCCCUAAUCAGCACUCAAAAACAGGCACUGGCAAAGAAAUUACCGAUGAUGGCCGUCUAAAAGCUCCUUUGCUUUAUAAAUCAGAAGUAUGUGACUUUACCGUCCCUAGUAAUAAUACUAACCCUAAUGGUAUUGGUACUGAUUCUGGUCUUAGUACUUCGGAUAAGAUUGGUAUUGUUUUUGGUGUCCUUUCGUUCAUUGUGGGAGUAAUUGGUAUAAUAAAAUGGAAAACAAUAAAGAGAUGUUUCAGAAAUUUCGGAAAUAGCCGACGACAACAACAAUAA